CUGAUAUUACACAAGUUAAUAAAGUUCCCAUACCUGAACCUUGUUCUGAUUCAAAAAUAGUAGCUGAAAGUGUAAUGUAUGAUACUGUUAAACUGGAAACAACCGAUGCAUCUAAUGCUUCAAUUGAUUCUACAAAUGACAAUAUAAAGCUAGAAAAUAUAUUAUCAGACAAUAUUAUAAAUAUUCCGAAAGAUAUUCACAGUGAAGCAGAUACAAGUCUUAAUACCGAAGCAAAAGACGCACCAAUGGAUAUUGAUAUUGCUGAUUCCUUAGAAAACAUUAAAGAAGCUCCUGAAAACAUCGAUGAAUCAACGGAACCAGAUUCUAAAAUCCCUGAAAAACCAGAAAAUCUACAAACUGAACAAGGAAUUGUUUCUGAUGUCAACAUGUCCCAAGAUAUAUCAAUGGACUUAGGAAGUAAAGAACAUGGCUUGAAACAUCCAAAUAUGAUGAUUGAAAUACCAACUCAAGAAUUGAUUAAUAUUGACAGUAUUAUGGACAACACUAGUGACGUAUCUGUCACGUCAGAGGAUAAAAACUGUGAAGAUAUUGCUAGUUUAGUUGAUAAUAUUCAGAGUAAAAAUAAGGAAAAUUACAUUGUAAUUGAAAAAUUUACAGACAAUGUACCUCAAGCAAACAGCACGGAAACUGAAAGUGACGAUUUGACAGGAAUAGAAAUAUCAGAAGGUAAUGUUACUUUUCAGGGAUUUGAAGUUAAAGGAGGUAUAUAUUCUGAUGACAAAAUUGAUUCUGAUGUACCAAUUGAGAUACCUAAAGAAACAGAUACAACACAACCUGUAGAUUCCUUAUCUAAGGAUGUAGAAUCUUCUCCAUUGCUUAAAGUUGAGCACUGUUGUUCAGUUUCAGCCUCAGUUGAACCUUCUCUAUCUAUGCCUUCUUCUGAGAUGGAGCCACUACAGGCACCCACAGAAAGCCUGCCAUCUACCUCUCAAGUAUCUUUUCUGUCAAAUGAAGCCUCUGUAUCGAAAGAACCCCCUGUAUCCUAUCAACCUUCAACAUCAAACCACACCCACAUGUCAAUGGCUCCUGAUACAUCAGAUGAAAUACCAGAAGUGUCAGAUUCCCUUGGACUGCUGGCAGAGUCUUCCAGGGUGAUGGAAGAUGAUGAAGAACAGGAAACCUCAGACCAUGAUGAUGUAGAUUAUGAUGAUGAUUACGAUCCUGAUGAUGAGAGCAGUAACCAGAUGAUAGUAGACAAUUCUGAAGACUCAAACGCUCAGCAUUUAGAAACAGAACUACCAUUAAAGAUGACCCACCAGAUCAUUGAAAAGCAGUCUGAUGAUGCGCAAUAUAUAUUGGAAGCUCAGAUUGGGGAUGGGGCUUGUGAUAUUGAAAUAAAGGAGUUAGUUGAAAUAGCUCAAUCAGUGGAUAAAGGAGACAAUGAAGGCAAUGAAGUUCCAGAUUUCAAUUUCGACAUUAGCAGUGUUGUGAGUGAGGUGCAAGAUGGAAAGGAUUCGGCAACGACUAACCAAUCGGGCGUUGACAUAACCGAAAACGAGCCGUCAAAGGACGUCGCCGUGGAGACUCCAGAGAUAACACACGUGACAACUGUCGCUGAAAGUAUAGAGGACAACCAGGAACAACCAGCCAAAUCAACAGAGGAAAAUGAUACCGAAACAGAAAAAAUAUCGGACAUAUCUGCCAACGAGGAUAGUGUGCCACCGACCAAGAACCUUAUACUUAGGGCCUUAUUGAAUGAAGAACGGAAAGAACCUCAAUUCAAAGGUGAAGUAGACAAAUCAAAACAGUCACCGAGUAAAACGAAGAAGCUAGAAGUGUCGCAGCCCAAACACGUAGAGAACAUUGUCGAUUUGGAAGAGAGUUCGUCCGAAGACGACAUUCCAGAUGUUCCAAAAGACGCCAAAACCCCUGAAACCACCACUAAAGACAGCGACAAAACCGAUGUUACCUCAGAUACAACCAAUGCCAACAAAGACAUAACCAAUACGGAGAUAGACAUAACCAAUGCAGACAUAGAUAUAACUGAUACAAACAUAGACGUUGAGAUAACCAAUGCGGACGUUGAGAUAACCAAUGCGGACAUAGACAUAACCAAUACGGAGAUAGACAUAACCAAUGCAGACGUAGAUAUUACCGAUACAAACAUGGAUGAAGUGACCAGUGUCAAUUUGCCUUCGGACAUAGAUAUAAUGUCAUACUCUGGUAUAAAUAUGUCGCAAAUAACUACAAAACACGGAGAGAUAGUUAUAAGUGGCGUGCCAAGACCUCCGCCCCAAAAACCGGCAAGACUAAACACAAGCGAGGUCUCAAUUAAGACCGUAGCCACAACUGAAUCUACGCUAGUAAUACCUGAAAAAAAGGUGAAAGGUUCGAGUAAUACCAAAGUAUCUGAAACAAUGGAAGUCUUUAAUUUAGAUUCAGACGAUGAAGACACUAAGUCUGCUGAAGACACGUCACAGCAACAAACAAAUAAAUGCGUAAACAAUUUAUGCAAAAGUGACAGCAGUACGCCAUUUAUGGUGGCAGAUUCUUCAACAUUGACAUACUACGGCGGCAGUGGCAACAAAAAGAAACGGGCUAUGGUCUGUCAGAAUUGCUUAUUUGUUGUUGCUAAAAGGCAGCAGAGCCUUAUUGAAGGUAUAAGGAACUUCACGCCCCUCCUGGAAUUAGACAUGGGCAGAAUCAGCUCUGAGUUUGUGGAGAUCUCGGAUUCGGACUCGGAGGAAGGAGAUGAUGACACGGGGGGAGACAAGGAGGUUAUAGGAAAGGAGGGGGCAAGGAUGCUUGAAGAAAAGUUGGUGAGCAUGCUUAACGAAUCCUGGGAGAAAUACAAUUUGGACGCUCGAUUGAAAGAGACUCAGGAUGAACUUAAUAUGAAAUUGGAAACGUUGGAGAAGGAGAGCGCAGAGAUUGAUGCAAUGCUAAAUGAAUGUCAAAUAGCUACUGAUAAACUGCGCAACGACCUGUACGCGACUUUUAAGGAAGAAACACGUGAAUUGGAUGCUGUUGUCAUUUUGGAUACACCAGAAGCCACAUACUCGUGCACAGAGAACGCUGAGAAGUUCGGAAAUGAGUCAACACACCGCAAGCGCAGUCUUUCUUCAGCAACCGAAGUCCCGGCCAAGCGCACGGCCAUACCACUCGGAUACAAGCCUUUGGAAGAUAAGCAAAUGCAACAUACAAUACAGAAAUCUUCACAAAAACCGAAAGCACCGCCUCCAUCCGUAACGGACUCUAAAAUCGAUGACGACAAAGAUGUAUCUGUUGUCCACCUGUCAGCGGAAGCGGCUCCAGCUGACUUGCCGCCAUCGGGCGAUAUUGUCCACCCGCCACUGCGUGUCGGCAUGGCCAUAUUCGCCAUGCGGAAUGCCUUUGGUUCUUGGCUGAAAGCGAAAAUUGCCGAAGUUCUGCCGAAAGCUGUUCAACAAUCACAAUCGUUCACCAUGUGCAAAGUGAAGUUUGAGAGUAAAAAUCACAAAAACGCCUACAAAAUAUUGUCAGCACGAUGCUUGGCCUACGCGGAACCUGCCUCUGUGAGAUUGACAAUUGGCACUCGCGUAAUAGCUCUGUUUAAGGACAAGAACACGGUGCUACGGGAAGCAUUCUACUCUGGCGUCGUGGCGGAAAUGCCCAACCCUGUUAAUAAAUACAGGUAUCUAGUCUUCUUCGACGACGGCUACGCCCAAUACGUACACCAUGUGGAUACCCGAUUAGUGUCAGAGUCCUGCCCUCUUGUUUGGGAGGAGGUCCAUCCAUUCUCACGGGAAUUCGUCAAGGAGUAUUUACUCGCGUAUCCCGAGAGGCCGAUGGUGCGGCUACAUACUGGGCAAAGUUUGAAAGCUGAAUGGAAUGGUAAAUGGUGGUCCUGCCGCGUACUGGAAGUGGACGCGUCCCUCGUGAAAGUGUUAUUCGAGACAGAUGGGCGAAGAGAAUGGAUAUACCGCGGCUCUACUCGCCUCGCGCCGUUGUACCUCGAGCUACAGGCCGCUGAGAGACACCGCGCUAGACCUAUGCCCAGAAACAGACUGCAGAAUAAGCCUAACAUGCCAUACGUAGAAUAUACAAGGUCAGACGAACAGGAAGCCGCCAAGGUGAUAGCUGAAGCGGAGAACAAAGCUCAACAAGAGGAGAUCAGGCGUCAGCGUGCCGUGGCGAAGAAGUCCACGACCCCGGCCAGCCAGCCGGCGCCGCAGCCGCAGCCAGGGAACCUCGACAACGUCACCAGCAGAGUGGUUUAUUACACGCCAAAGAACGCCGUCAAACCGCACAAGAUGGUGCCACACACUUGCAGUCCCAAGUGCAAGAGAACUGAUGUACUGGCACUCGGCGAUCUUAGAACUUACAACCCGUUGGCUAAACCGCUUCUUAGUGGAUGGGAGAGGCAAAUAACCCGCAUGCGUGGCUACAAGGAAGUGAUGUACCGCGCGCCCUGCGGCCGUCGCUUGCGCAACAUGCAGGAGCUCCACCGCUACCUGCGCUACAUCAACUCCGAAAUGGGGGUCGACUUGUUCGACUUCACCCCCUCCACACAUUGCCUCGCCGAGUUCGUCCUUAACAAGUGCAUUGUCGGAAAAAAGGACUUAUCCCAUGGCAAAGAGAACGUACCAGUCCCUUGUGUCAACUACUACGAUGACUCCUUGCCUGAAUUUUGUUCAUACAACACAGAGCGGACUCCCACUGCUGGAGUCCCGCUUAACAUCGAUCCGGAAUUCCUCUGCGGAUGCGAUUGCACUGACGAUUGUGAGGAUAAAUCGAAGUGCGCCUGUUGGAAGAUGACUCUAGAAGGCGCUAGAACAAUUGGCCUGGAUGUACGAAAAGUGGGCUAUGUAUACAAGAGAUUACCAGAGCCAUUGCCGUCUGGAAUAUAUGAAUGUAACUCCAGAUGUAAGUGCAAGUCGACGUGCUUAAACCGAGUGGCUCAACAUCCCUUGCAGUUAAAACUACAGGUAUUCAAAACGCUCAAUCGCGGCUGGGGUAUUCGUGCGCUGAACGAUGUACCUAAAGGAUCAUUCCUGUGCGUAUACGCAGGAAAUCUACUCACGGACGCUACAGCUAACCUGGACGGUCUAAACGAAGGUGAUGAAUACUUAGCAGAAUUGGACUAUAUUGAAGUCGUGGAACAGAUGAAAGAGGGCUUUGAAGAGGAUAUCCCUGACACGGACAAGGAACUUGACAAGAAGGAGAGUGGAAAGAGUGGAAAGAAAAAUACAGAAACGUCUGAGGAGGAGGAGGAGUCUUCGGAAGAUGACGAACAAAACAAGGAGGAACAAAAGGAUGGCGAUUUCGAACCGGGGUUCAUUGGACUUGGUCUCACGGAGUUUAAUAAACGCCUAAGAAUAAGAGAUAAGAAAAAGGAUGACAAGAAAGAAGACACGAAAGACGAGAAUAAAGAAGAUAAGAAAGAAGAGAUAAAAGAAGAGAAGGACGCAGCAAGUGAAAGCAAAGAGAAAAAAGACAAGGAUAGCAACGAAGACGACUGCAUUACUAUCAGCGACGACGAAGAAGGUGUGUGUACUAUCGAUGUCGGUUUAAAGGUUUUUGAUAUCUCCUAUAUCUACUGA